AUUGUUUCAGGUGCGAUGGUAAGUUUGACUGUGUGGACGGUUCCGACGAAGCAGGUGAAUAUUGUGGGCCUAACACUAAUGAAAAGGGUUUCAUUUGUUGCACACACAACCGAAAAAUCUCCGAGGAACAAAUGUGCGACGGUUUUAUUGACUGUACUAGGGAUUUAUCGGAUGAAUUCGGACCCGCUUGUCCGAGUGGGGGUAGUAGCAACAAAACUAGUAGUAACAAGACUGUGUGUCAUCAUCCGACGUUUCAGCAAUACAGAAGCUUAUUCUCGGGUGAUCAACUGAUAAAUAUCACAAACAAUCAACUGUAUGAUGGGAAGGUCGAUUGCUUUAAGGGAGUGGACGAGAACUGCGUUUGGAAAAAAGAGGUAAGUUUGUGGGCCUCGCCUCGUGAUACAGAUGAUUUUCGAAACUACGAGAAAGUUCUAGGGAACCAAGUCGAGAUGCGAUGGUAUAUUAUGGCUACGAUGGAAGAAAUGUCUUUGCUUGGACACAAAUACGAUGAAAUGAUCAUCAAAUGUAGCGCCGAUAACAAAGACUGCGAUCAAAGCAUAACCGUGAAUUACACUGUCUCGCAAGAUUACGGAAAUUGUUUCUCAUUCACGUACAAAAAACCCGUCACCACUAGCGGGAAAAACUACGGACUUCAAAUUUGGUACAAUCUGGAAGCGUAUGACUCUUUAGGCUUGUUCACUGCCACUUCAGGACUGAAAUUGUUUUUGACCACGCCGGGUCUGGUUGACCGCAAUGGAAACGUAUUUGUGGAUUUAACAAGUGAGUUGAGUCUGCCACCAGGAUUCGAACACAUGGUGUCUGUGCAACCUAAUAAUGUCCAGAAGCUUGUGGAACCCUACAGUACGUGCGAGAACUAUGGAGAGGGAACUGUACAUAUCUACAAUACACGCGAUGACUGCUUGAGACAUUGCGUAAAUCUAUUGAAGGCUCAAAUUUGCGGUUGCGUCGAUGAUCUUCUGUUCAGAAAAGUUCCGCUUUGUACCCUGAAUCAAACCUAUGAACGAGAAUGCGUGGACUAUAUAAACGCUUUUGCGAACCCAAACACCGUGUGCGAUUGCCCGAAUGAGUGCAAUGUCAAGUCAUAUGACGUCACAAUUACGCAACUUGAAUGGCCGACUAACAGAUCAAUAGCCCGAUUUGUAGCCAGCGUGUAUAAAGACUUGAAUGGUUCUGCAAUUGACUAUCUCAUGACUGCAAUAGAUAAAUACACUGUCGAUAAAACCGAAAACUCACAAACAGCUUUGACCCAACUGAGGUCAACUUUCGGAAGUGUGACCGUGUACUUUCGUGACCUCUCAGAAAUGAUAAUAAUUGAACGACCUGUGUACAAUUUCAUAAUGGUGGUUUCUAAUUUUGGAGGACUUCUGGGACUGUACUUAGGCAUAAGUGUUCUGACAGUCUUGGAGUUGGUCGAUUUCAUUUUUGAUUUUAUGGAAUAUAUGAAGCUGAGAGGAAAAAAGCAGUCGGGGCAAAAAGUUGCGAAUUUGCGUAGUGGAACUGAUAAUUUUGCGUUGAUUAGCGAGUCAGCUGAGAAUAGAAUUUGGCCUGUCAAAACAUUCCAUGUGGAAGAAGAAAAUUCUUCAAAAGGGACUUUGGAUAUAAAAAAUCAUUUGAGCAAUCUCCCUCCCCUGAUGACUAGAUGAGACUUCGGGAAAGAAAAAGCGGGGAAAAUGAA